AUGGAAGCAUUUUCAAACUUUGAAAUUUUAAUGCGUCUGGUUGUUUUACCGAAUUUAUACAGUACUGGACAAGAAUGGCAUGAAGCAACUGGUGUUAUAAUUGAAGGUCGAUGUUUUGUCGAUGUCUCUAAAAGGGAAUUUAUUCCUUUAACAAAAAUUCAAACUGAAAGGGAACAAGGAACAAUAUGCAAAGAAAUAGCGAUUCUUUUCUUUACUAAAAGACAAUUAACAAAAAUUUAUGAUCCAACGGAGGAAAUUGGACCAGUUAGAUUAGUUGGUGUCUGCCAAACAGGUAUACGACUCUUGAAGAAAGCUGGUCUUCAUCCUGUUGUGUUUACUGAGGAACAAUUUCAAUCAUUCGAUGAUGAACGAACUAAAGUUGAAUAUAUUCGUAAUAGGCUGCUUGAUCUUUCUGAAGAUUUUCAUGAAAAUAAUUGGCUUUUAGAUGAAGAAAAUGUAAAGAAAACAAAUAAUUUCUAUGAUAGAUAA